CAGAAUGGUGAGUCUUAAAGUAAGUUCAUCAGACGCCAAUGGUUAAGGCUUACAUUUGGCAUUCACUGCUCUGUGCCCGAUCCAGAAAUCUCACAACACCAACGUCAAAGAGAAGCAGAGACAUGUCCACCACUGCACGAUUGAUUUCUGUCGCUCUCUUGUGGGUUCUGGUUCUCUUUGUAACUCUAGUUUUUAUUCAGAAUCGAUUAAGUGACACUAGAGUUUCAUCAGAUCCGAAGCUCAACCAUAGCAGACUUAGUCAGAAAGAAAUUAAGUCAGAAGAGGAGGAUUUGGAAGUAGUAACCCACAAAGUUUACUUUGACAUUGAGAUCGAUGGAAAAUCAAUAGGUCGUAUCGUCAUUGGUCUCUUCGGUAAAACAGUUCCUAAGACCGCAGAAAAUUUUCGAGCUCUUUGCACUGGGGAGAAAGGAAAGGGAAAAAGUGGGAAGCGCCUCCAUUACAAAGGAAGCAUAUUCCAUAGGAUUAUUCCCAGCUUUAUGAUCCAGGGUGGUGAUUUUACUAGUGGCGAUGGGCGAGGUGGAGAGUCAAUCUAUGGCAUGAAAUUUCCUGAUGAAAACUUCAAGCUGAAACAUACUGGACCUGGAUUAUUGUCAAUGGCAAAUGCUGGGAAAGACACCAAUGGAUCACAGUUCUUUAUUACUACUGUAACCACUAGCUGGUUGGAUGGUCGCCAUGUUGUAUUUGGCAAGGUUCUUUCAGGCAUGGAUGUAGUCUACACUAUUGAAUCCCAAGGAAGUCAGAGUGGAGUGCCGGAACAUAAAGUUGUCAUUUUAGACAGUGGUGAAAUGCCUAUGUAACAAUCCUCAUUGUUGAACAUGCUCUCGUGAAAAUUCACUGCAUAGAAAUACGAAUUUACAUCUUUUAUUACAA